GUUGAUUAUAUGAUCACUCUGGCAGUUCCUUAUCUUAGAUCGUUGUGAAUAAGUUGGUAGAAACUAGCCAGACCCGAAACCCGAUAACAUACCUAGACCCGAAGACUACCACAACAUACUAGGUACAUACCAACAUGAUAUGGCUAUCACUUGUUCCCGAAACGCGAAGGAAGCUGUAUAAUUAUAAGAUAAUCAACUACAACUAAUUCUUAAGCAACAUAUAUAAUUUACUACCCGUCCUCUCAUAUAUCAGGACACACUUACACUGAAAGCCAAGCCAAUACCACAACUAUGUCUUCAGAACUCACCCAGCAAAUUCAGGCGGAACUCGAAGCCGCCACGACUCGAUACAUUGAUCGUAAUCCGCUAUCGAAAGCUCUUCAUGAUGAAGCUCUCAAAUCAAUGCCUGGCGGAAACACCAGAACUGUUCUCCACGCUAGUCCAUUCCCUGUUGUGAUCAAGUCUGGCAGAGGCCAUCAAAUUACUUCUGAGGAUGGCCAUACUUAUACAGAUUUUACCGGCGAGUUCACAGCUGCUCUCUAUGGACAUUCCAACCCCGUCAUUCUCUCGGCUAUUCGAGAUGUACUUGACAAUGUAGGGAUGAACGUUGGUGGCAAUACAGCUCAAGAGCAGAUAUUCGCUCGUGAAGUCUGCAGUCGCUUCAAUCUGGAACAAGUACGCUUCUGUAACUCUGGUACUGAAGCCAACAUCCACGCUCUAGCAGCUGCCAGGGCUUUCACCAAGAAAAGAAAAGUCGUCACUUUCACUGGAGGCUAUCACGGUGCUGUGAUAGGGUUUAAGGGAGGAAAGCCAGAGGCCAAUAAUGUCGACUUGGAUGAUUGGGUCGUGGCCAGAUACAACGAUCUUGAUAGCGCUCGUGCUGCUAUCGAGAGCGAGGGUGUUGCUGCAGUGUUAGUGGAAGGGAUGCAAGGCUCUGGAGGUGGCAUUCCUGGCCAUCCUGAAUUUCUUCAGGGCAUACAAGAAAUUGCUGAAAAGGCUGGCGUCUUGUUCAUCAUCGACGAAGUCAUGACUUCCCGCCUCUCAGGAGGGGGCAUCUCAGAAAUUAGAGGACUCAACCCAGACCUCAAGACUUUUGGAAAGUAUCUGGGUGGAGGCCUCGCGUUUGGUGCUUUCGGUGGAAGAGCAGACAUCAUGGCCGCCUUUGAUCCACGACUUCCUACUGCUCUCUCGCAUUCAGGCACUUUCAACAACAACACUCUGGUGACACACGCUGGCUACGCUGGCCUAACAAAGAUCUACACACCUGAGGUUGCAGCUCAAUUUACCAGGUCUGGUGAUGAGCUCAGGGAGCGACUCAAUGCGGUAACAGAGGGUACAAGAGUACUCUUUACUGGUAUCGGCACUAUCAUGGGAGUCCAUUUUCCCAAGGAUGGCGCUCGUGUAAUUGAAAGAUCUGGUGAAGUCGAAGAACUUAAUUUCCUGAGGGAUCUCUUUUGGCUUGAGAUGAUGGAGGAGGGUUUCUGGGUCGUACGCAGAGGAUUCAUUGCUUUGGUGCUAAACACUCCCACGGACGAGUUUGAUAGGUUUGUCAGUUGUGUUGAGGCUUGGGUUUCUAAGCGUGCGAAUCUGGUUAAUAUCUAACUACAAUUCGUAUUAUUAGAGCUUUGAUUGAAAUAUUAUAGAGGUUAAUAAAUAUCUUCGUCG